AUGAAUGAUGUGGUUGAAACAUCGUUAAUUUGUGAAAAUUGUUCGCUUUCGGUGAAUGGUAGAAUUUUCCAGAUUGAUCUUAUUUGUUUACCACUUAAGAAGGUUGAUGUGGUCUUGGGGAUGGAUUGGAUUUCCGCCAAUUCGGUGUUUAUUGGAUGUGAAGAGAAGCUAAUCAGCAUUCCAUCUAGUGAAGCUACUCCAAAGGAUGUAUUAACUACUAUCAUGGAAGAUACGGUUGGCAUGGUUAAUUUCUUAUUUGAGAAGGAAAAGUCAGUUCUCUUGGUUCUCACCAAGGAACCUAGCGACAAUCUGAAUGUUACACAAAUUCCUAUCGUUUGUGAAUUUCCAGAAGUUUUCCCUGAAGAUGUCACUUCUCUUCCUCCUGAAAGGGAAGUGGAAUUCUCUAUUGAUCUGAUACCUGGGACGGCUCCAAUCUCUGUUUCUCCGUAA